GCUUUGAAGCUAAACAAGAUGGCGGAAGUGGAGAAGAGUUGGAGCGACGAGCAACUGCAGAGCGAAGAUGUAUCCAAGAAGGAUAUUAUCAAGUUUUUGCACGAAAACGCUUCAUUUGAGUUUCUCAAAGAGCACAAGCUGAAUGGGAAACUUAACAACAUUGCCAAGACCAGCAAAAAGGAUCAUCUUAUUGUGAGUUAUAGACAACUGUUUGAAACAAAGGCAUUCCGUAAGGAAAGUGAUGCCAGCCUUGAAGACCAGUUAAAAGAAGCAGCUGAGAAAACAGCUGCUAUGCAUGUCAGCGAGAAGAAAAAGGAAAGAGAAAGGAAGGGUUCAGAAUCAAAAGAUUCAAAGAAAGAGGAGCCAAAAUUUACCAAAAAAAUCUUGAAGCAUGGUGACAAGACAACGUUUCCAUCAAAAGGUGACAGAGUGUCAUGUUUCUACACUGGAAAACUGGAAAAUGGUGUUGUGUUUGACAGUAAUGUUUCUGGAGCAGCUGGAACUAAAAAGAAAAGCAGCAGUGAAGGCAAGGCUUUUAUAUUCCGCGUAGGGAAAGGACUUGUCAUUCGAGGGUGGGAUGAAGGACUUAUGACCAUGUCAAAAGGUGAGAAGGCAGAACUUACCAUUGAGCCAGAGUGGGCAUAUGGCAAGAAAGGCAACAUUGAUGCAAAUAUUCCACCACAGUCAAGACUCAUCUUUGAAGUGGAGCUUGUUGAUAUCAUAUAGGAACUGCAAGUCAUCGCCAAAACUGGAAGGUUGAUAACUGGAACUGGAUAACCAGAGGCUAUCAUAUAUUCUAGUCUAGCCUGCAUGCAGAUCUUUACUAUUGUCUUUGUUUCAUGCAGCAAAGUGAUGUCUGCAAAUCGUCAUUGCUAAUCAUGUUCCAGUAUUGUGCUGUUCAUGUUUUACAUUUUGUUUUAAGCUAUGGUAACGAAUUAACCUGCAGUGACAGGCAUAGUUCAUGCAUGACAUUUGACGUUCUCUUUUCUGGUUUUCUAAAUAUUUAGCUUCAUUUUCGUCUCUAAAAGACACUAUAUGAUGUGGUAAAUAGAAGGAGUUUGAAUAAAGAACAGUACCCAGUUGCCUAAA